AUGUCUGAGUUGACGGAGGAGCAGGUGGCCGAGUUCAAGGAUGCCUUCGCUCAGUUUGAUAAGGAGGGCACCGGGAAAAUUACAACCCGCGAACUGGGAACCUUGAUGCGCACUUUGGGCCAGAAUCCCACGGAGGCCGAGCUGCAGGACCUGAUCACAGAUGCCGACAACAACAGCAACGGGCUGUUGGACUUCACUGAGUUCUGUGCCAUUAUGGCCAAGCAAUUGCGGGAAACCGACACCGAGGAGGAAAUGCGAGAGGCGUUCAAGAUCUUCGAUCGCGAUGGAGAUGGCUUCAUCUCACCUGCUGAACUCCGCUUUGUGAUGAUUAAUCUGGGCGAGAAGGUCACCGACGAGGAGAUAGACGAAAUGAUCCGUGAGGCCGACUUCGAUGGAGAUGGCCAAAUCAACUACGAGGAGUUUGUGUGGAUGAUAAGCCAGAAAUAGUUCGAGAAUUAAAUUGAAAGGGGUCACUGCAAAA